CCGCUGGAGAAGACCCCCCCUACGUGUCCUGAGUGUGACAAGAGCUUCAAGCGCCAGACAGCAUUGGAAGUCCAUGUGCGGAGUCACACGGGUGAGCGGCCCUUCGUCUGCACUGACUGCGGGAAGCGCUUUGGCCACAAGCAUCACCUGCUGAGACACCGGCACGUGCACACUGGUGAGAAGCCCUUCACCUGCAGCCACUGCGGCCACCGUUUCAGUGAGAAGCGCUAUCUGGUCAUCCACCAGCGCAUCCACACUGGGGAGCGACCCUUCGCCUGCAGCCACUGCCCCAAGGCCUUCAGGGACAACAGUACCCUCACUGCCCACCAGCACGUCCACACUGGGGAGCGACCCUUCGCCUGCCAGCAGUGCCCCAAGGCCUUCAGGGACAAGAGGACCCUCACAGCUCACCAGCGUGUCCACACCAGUGAGCGCCCCUUCGCCUGCACCCACUGCCCCAAGACCUUCAGGGACAGCAGUAGACUCAGUGCCCACCAGCGCAUCCACACCGGGGAGCGACCCUUCACCUGUGCGCAGUGUCCCAAGACCUUCAGGGACAAGAAGACCCUCACCAUCCACCAGCGUGUCCACAUCAGUGAGCGCCCGUUUGCCUGCGCCCACUGCCCCAAGGCCUUCAGGGAUGAGAAGACCCUCACUGCCCACCAGCUUAUGCACACCGAGGAGCGACCCUUCAUGUGCACCCACUGCCCCAAGGCCUUCAGGGAUGAGAAGACCCUCACCAUCCACCAGCAGGUCCACACCAGUGAGCACCCUUUCACCUGCACCCAGUGCCCCAAGGCCUUCGGGGAAAGCAGUACCCUCGCUAUUAACCAUGGCAUGCACACUGAGGAGCUCUGCUUUGCCUGUGCCUACUGCCCUAAGACCUUCAGGGACAGCAGUAGCCUCACUGCCCACCAGGACAUCCACACCAGGGAGCGCCCCUUUGCCUGCCAGCAGUGCCCCAAGGCCUUCAGGGACAAGAAGAACCUCACUGCCCACCUGCGCAUCCAUACUGGGGAGCGCCCCUUUGCCUGCCAGCAGUGCCCCAAAGCUUUCAGGGACAAGAAGACCCUCAUAGCCCACCAGCGCAUCCACACCGGGGAGCGACCCUUUGCUUGCGUCCACUGCCCCAAGGCCUUCAUGUACAAGAAGACCCUUAUAGCCCACCAGCGCAUCCACACUGGGGAGCGCCCCUUCGCCUGUGCCCACUGUCCCAAGGCCUUCAGGGACAGCAGUACCCUCACCAUCCACCAGCGCAUCCAUACCGGGGAGCGCCCCUUUGCCUGCUCCCAGUGUCCCAAGGCCUUCAGGGACAAGAAGACCCUCAUGGCCCACCAGCGCAUCCACACCGGGGAGCGACCCUUCUCCUGCCCACAGUGCCCCAAGGCCUUCAUGUACAAAAAGACCUUCGCUGCCCACCAGCACAUCCACACUGGGGAGCGCCCCUUUGCCUGCCCACAGUGCCCCAAGGCCUUCAGGGACAGCAGUACCCUCACUGUCCACCAGCGCAUCCACACUGGUGAGAAGCCCUUCAAGUGUGGUGAGUGCGGCAAGACCUGCAGCCAGAAACAGAACUUGAUGAGCCACCAGCGGUUGCACCAGAGCUCAUCAGCAGUGCCAGAGAGCAGCCAGUGCGAGACAGGGGGUCCAUCCCUGGUUGAGAAGCAGGCAGAGGACAAACCCUUCCAGUGCGGCUACUGUGAGAAGCGGUUUCGGGAUGAGGGGAUCAUGCUGGCUCACCAGCGCACCCACAGCACCCCCAGCCUGUGGCCACCUCUGCAGCCUGGCACCACCUGA